ACAACAUCGGGAAAGCUCUUAUUUUGAAGUCAGCCACAUACGCUUUUAUUUUGAAGUGUCGCGGCUCACACGGAGGGAGAGAGAACAGAGUCCAACCAGGCGACAGCACAGUACAGUAGCCGCUACCAGGGCACCGGUGUCCGGCUGUGGGCCAGCCAGUAUGACGGGGAACAAGUUGAGGUGCUCCGGGGCUGCUCGACGGUAGCCAGUCGCCUUCAACGGACAACACGGACAUUGCCUCCUUCUGGCUUUUCACCUACCCCCCGCCCCCACUGGACGCAUUACAUCGCGGACGCAUUCGGUUCUUUGGGUCAAGAGCGGAGGUCCCCGGCGAAACAUGAACAAGAACCACCGAGUGCCGAGCAACCGUUCUCUGAGUGCCGUGGAGGUGAAGAGUAAGUUUGGUGCAGAGUUUCGCCGGUUCUCUCUGGAUCGCUCGAAGCCGGGCCGCUUUGAUGAGUUCUACGGCCUCCUCCAACACGUGCAUCGCAUUCCCAAUGUGGACUUGCUGGUGGGCUACGCUGACGUGCACGGCGACCUGCUGCCCAUCAACAAUGACGACAACUACCACAAGGCCAUCUCCACCGCCAGCCCCCUCCUCCGACUCUUCCUGCAGAGGAAAGGUAGGAAGAAUGCAGAGGAAGCAGAUUAUACAACCUUCGGUACCGAUUCGCUGACAAGAAAGAAAAACACUGUUCUUUCGGCAGUUCUUCUCCGGCCCGACGCCAACAGGAAAAAGCCCCCGGUUAUCAUCAGCCUCCCGAGGGACUUCCGUCCCGUCUCGUCCAUCAUCGAUGUGGACAUCCUGCCCGAGACGCACAGACGCGUGCGGCUGUACAAGCACGGCCAGGAAAAGCCUCUGGGCUUCUACAUUCGCGAUGGCUCCAGCGUACGGGUCACGCCGCAGGGCUUGGAGAAGGUCCCCGCCAUUUUUAUCUCCCGGAUGGUUCCCGGCGGCCUGGCGGAGAGCACCGGUCUCUUGGCAGUGAAUGACGAGGUUCUGGAGGUGAAUGGCAUCGAGGUGGCUGGCAAGUCUCUGGACCAAGUGACAGAUAUGAUGAUUGCUAACAGCCACAACCUCAUCAUCACCGUGAAGCCGGCCAACCAGCGUAACAACGUCGUCCGCGGCGGAGGCACGGCUUCCGGUAGCUCAGGACGCUCCUCGGACAGCGGGGCCAGCUACUACGGCUACUCUUUGUCGGCCGGGCUCGCCGCAAGCACCUCCGCACCCUCGCACAUCAUCCAAAACUUCCCCGUCGGGGAGCUCGAAAGCGACGAGGACGACGAGGACCUUGUAAUCGAGGCAGGGGGCGACGCCGAGCCCAUCAGCCUCACACCGUCCAACUACUGCAUGACGCAGCUGCCUCGCUACGAGCCACACCUUAACCUGCGAGCGUCCGCCUCGCCACCACCCCUUGCGGUCAACGGCGCCGUGCUGGCCCGCGGGAGCAGCGGCUCACUGAGCAAAGCUGGAUCCUCCACGCCGUCGCCUGACAGAGCCGCAAGGAGGCGGAGUCUCGAAGAGGACGGGACUGUAAUAACACUGUAGACCAGCCGCAUACACAGACACACUAAUACUUCCAUACAUUCAGUACGUUUACGUGCCCCCCUAAAAUAAUUUUGAUUGCCUGUAUUAAGUUUAAAUCGUAAAUAUACCACAAACUGUGAUCCCAAAAUACUUCAAUAUAUUUUCAAACUCAUCUUACAUUACCUAUAAAAUAAAUAGCUUAAAGGUGAGUUGAUUUCAAUUAAAAGGAGCAUGGGGCAAAGAAGCUCCGUAACAUCCAGUAACAACCCAGGCUAAACUUGGCUCCUCCGCAAAAUACAACGCUCAUCUCUCAGUUGAGAGAUAUCACUGUAACAUACUUCCUUGACACCAUUUCGUAUUUAGACAGGGGUUUGACAGCAUCGCGUGGCAUCUUAAGAGCACAAAAAAAAAACCGAAUAGUUAAAUUUGGAAAGAGUGAACCGCAAAUAUACAGGGAUUGCUGUAAUUGCGGCAGGUCAACAAGUGAAUAGGACCAGAUCACGCUAAGAUGAUGUUCACAUGUUGCAACUCAGAAGCUGGUAACCCAGGAAGAACAUGUCUUCAUACAUCCCACUUAACAAAACAAAUAACAAACAUGUCAUUUGUAAUUUAUAGUGUACUAAACAUACAGAGUUAGAACACUGCACAAAUCACUGUUCAGCAUGUUAAAUUGCCACCAGCUAGCUUGAUUUAUUUUGUGACUGAUUAGGUCAACCAGAAAAAAAGCCACGAAGAGGCUUAAAGAGGAUAUUGUGCCACCUAUGGCAGUGGCCAAUAAAUUGCUUGAAGCCACAACGUGAAUGACACCGCAAGUAGUCUAUUUCACAGCUGUAGCAGUAGCUCGAGCAAACUGCAUGUAAAUGUACUGAGAGACACUUUCAGUGGGAGUCACGGACCAGGCAUUGACGGCACUGACUUUCACGGAGAAGCACAAUGACAUGUUAAUAAUGAAUCUGGACAUAAAGCCCAUUUAAAUGUUUGUACAUCCUAACAUUUACACGUAUAACACCAGACCUGUGACUCCGGUGCCCACGCAUGUGUGCCUUUGUGGCACCACAAAGGCUGCAGGCACAACACACACACACUAAAGAUGUCACAACAUAGACAAACCUCCCUCUAAAUCCAGGUACUGCACCUCUUUCAAGCCUCCAGACGCACUCGUUUCUUUUUUUAAGCUUUCUCGACAGAGCAGAAGUGAGCCCCGGCGUGCCCUUGUGUCCUACGAAAGGACGACCAUUUCCCCAGCAACACACGCAUGGAAAUAUACCGUACAAGACGUUUUUUUGUUUUUUUUAGCACGACAAUCGUCCGCAAGAAUAUUGCAGCGAAAUUAAUGACAAAGGCUGCCUUCUGCAAUAAUAAUAGUAAUAAUGAUAAUGUUUUUAUUCAAGGACGAAGGUCUGGGCCUUUCACCCUGAUUCUUUUUUUUUUUUUAAUAUAUUGAUGGAUCAAGUGAUUGAUUAUAAUAAUGUGCCAGCUACUGGCUAAUCUCCAGUAAUCAGGCCUGUGUUUUAUAUAUAUAUAUAUGAGUACAGUGGAACCUUAAAUAUGACCUAAUGCAUUUAAUUAAAUUAAUUUUAAUUUAAGCAAAUUCCCAGGUGUCUUAAUAACAUGACUGGAGCAUGCUUUCAUCAAACUAUCCCAAGGAUCAAGAAUUCAAGACGUAUUUUGGUAGCAUAUUACUUGGCUUGGUGAAAUUGGCUUGUUUUAAAGGCAGAUCUGAUCAUGCAGUGAGCCAGCCUUCAUCUCGCCCCGCGUUGCUAAGCCAAUGAAGAAUCUGUCUUUCGUUGAGCUUGAUGUCGCCGGCGCUUUUCUGACGCAGUUUGGCUGUCUCCUCUUCUGUCUCAUGCUCGCUUGCUUCUACUAGCGCAGGGGUCACCAACACGGUUCCCGUGGACACCAGGUAGCCCCCAUGGACUACAUCAGUAGCCUGCAGGCCAGUUCUAAAGGUAGCUCACCAAUGAUGGUGAUUGGACAUUGUGAUUUCCCAAUUUUUUUUUUUUUUAUUUUUUUAUUUUUUUUUUAGAAGUGAUCAUUUUAAAAUGUAAACAGACUGGAACUGGAAUGGGGCUAUUGCUGGUGUUGAAACGCCUGUUGUUGUGCCCAUUUUUCUCUCCUCAUAUGUUAUUUGACUUGACUUAAGGUGUUUUUGUGUGUUUACAUUUGUUUCCAACCUUGUUGAUUAUUGUGAGAAAUCAUUAACAUGAUCAGUGUCUUGACAGAAGAAUAUUAGUUAUUAAUAGCACAAAGGUAUUUUGGACAGAUUAAUUUCAGAAGUGUGGAUCAAACUGGUAGCCCUUCACCUUAAUCAGUACCCAAUAAGUAGCUCUAAGUUUAAAAAAAGCUGGCGACCCCGGUACUAGUGGGAGCAAGAGCCCAGCAUGUGGGAAACCAGCAAGGGCCCAAGACAAUGAAAGCUUUUUUUGUGACUCUAAACACAACUCCCCCAACGCACACCAUUAAAAUGAGCGCCCAUACAGAUUCAAUUGCAUUAUCACUCCCUCACCAAGCCGACGAAAUACACUUUAAUUUUUAAUUAGUCACCAGACGCAAAAUUAUUUGCAUAGAAGCAAUUAAAGUAAGUCUUCAAAUAUGUCCCCUUUUAGCAUAAUUAUUAACUGUCAUACAAGUGUAAAAAAUAGGGGGUUCUUUUGGGGUUCUACUGUUUACGAUCGUAUUUUUCCUGUUUUCCAUCACUAUCCCUUUAUAUUGUAUAUGAAAAACAUUUAGUUGCCUUGUUGUUAUCUUCAUCAAUUUAUGGUCCCAGCCAGGACAGAGGCCCAUGUUUUUGUCACUACCUGUAUUUCUGGAUGGACGGUAUUCAUAUUUAUCCUCUCUGCCAUCCCUAUUUCCCUUCUGUGGUGACAUCACAAAAGCAAAAGACAGCAGCAAAGAAAAGAAAAAAAACACUUGUGGAGUUAAUCCUUCAACUGAGAUUUAGUCUGUUGCGCCGUCACUUAUGAUGACGGUUGGACAUAUUUCUUCCCUGAACAUUCCGGAACCAUUUUAAGGGUCACUGUAUUUUGGAUGAUUUUUGUUUGUCCAUGUAUAUUCCACAACAAUCAGGGCCACUCCCGUUGUUGCAUCCGUGAAAAACAAAUCGAAUUUUUUUUUCUUUUCUUUUCUGUUGAUCUUCCCUCCUGUACUACUUGGACCUUUACUCUUUCUACCGUACAUGUAUCUCGGUCAUUUUCUAGCGGGUUCACCGGGAUGUGUUCUCCCCCAGUUUUGAUUGGGUUUUCUCGCUGUAGAGUCCUGUUAGAAGUAGCAGACACAUUAACAGCAUUCCAUAAUGGGUAUUUGGACCAGAUUGAAACAUUUGAAAGCAACACUGUAACACCUUCACAACCCUGCCUGUCUCUGCGAGGUAGUUUUGACCCCAGCUAACAAAAUUGAAAUAGAAAUUGGUCUAUUUUAAAGAAGUAAAGUGAUGUUUAUGGUUUCUUGCACAUCUUAACACUGUAUCCUUAUGAAUGACAUUUGACAAAUGUCAUUGUGUGCAAUCUGACAGCCUCCACAUGUAAAAUGAAAUGAGAGCAAUGUUUGUCUUCAUUUUGUUUUUGUUUGUCCUGCAGCAUGGUCGACAAGUGGUUAGUAAGUCUGUCUCACAGUUGAAAUGUUCUGUGUUCGGAUCUCGGCUAGAACCUUCUGUGUGGAGUUGGCAAGUUUUCCUCUUGCUUGCAAUGUUUUUUCUGGGUGUUCUGGCUUCCUCCUACGUUUUAAAAACAUUCAACACUAAAUCAGUGUUUGCCAACCUUUAUUCAGGCAAAGCACGUUUUACUUUUAAAAAUCUCAGAGAACACCAAAUAAAUGUCAGAUGAGGUUGAUAAUAGGUUAAUUACCAUACAUGUCCCAUCCGCCAUCUAGUGAAAGAGCAUUUCAUUUUUCUGCUUGUCACUAUACAUUGCUGGCGUUGGUUAACGCACAAAAAAUACAUUUGUACAUGAAUAAUAAUUUUAAUUAAGUGGGGUUAGAUAAUUUACCGCAUCACACCUCAUGAUCUCUCACAGCAAGCUAAUGUGCCACAGCACAGUGAGUCGGAAUCACUGCACCAAAUUGUCCGAAGGUGUGACUGUGACUUUCUAUAUAUGCCCCGCAAUGCCCCCCAAUGUGAAAAAGCGCUGUAGAAAAAUGGAUGGAAGGAUGUUUUUCCUGCUUACACACAUCCACACAACGUUUCACUAUUGCAUAAUGCUUCUCCUUAUGAUUGCAAUCUAAUGAGCCUGGCAAGACUGUGAUAAUGUUCGACUGGAAACACAAAGUUUGAUGAGUCCGAUGAUGGCAUCUGUCAUUCCAACAAACACAAACAAAAAUUUUUAAAUUAUUGUCUUUAACUGGACACUCGGAUUGUAACUGCAGUGACACUUAUUUAUUCUCUAAUCAUGUCUAUAUCUGGAGUAUAUUCUUUGUACACUUUUUAUGAAUUUAUUUUUUGUAACCAAUACGUUUUUGUGUGUAUUAGUGUUCUUUAUUGAUAUUUUUGUUUGAGAAAAUCUCAUGGUAGAUGUAUUUGACCACUGGAGAUGUUGUUUUGGCUAAAACAACUGAUUAUUUUGAAAGACUUUUUUUCAUACUGUGAAUUCUCAUUUUAAAGCAGAACACUUUAUUAGUUUUUUUUUUUUAAAGAACUGAUUAGGCUGUGGCAUUUGCUUACCAGAUUAAUGCUAUGGUAUAUAUAGAUUUGUAAUGCAGAUUGUCAGUAUUUUCAUAUUGAUGCUUUAAAUGACGUAUUUUUGUUUUAUCACAUACUUUUUAAGAUUCUACUGAAGCUGUACGAAUAAAUAGAUGUACGCCUGUAAUUGUUGAUUUGAGAUGAAUAAAAAUGUAAUAUGUAGUAGUA